GCCGCUGCGGGGACUCUGGUUCCCAGGCUCCUGGCGAGAUCCCCGAGCCCCGGCGGCUGGUGCUGGGAGCCCGGAGCCCGGGCUGCAGCCGGGAGAGGGGAAUCUCCAGCAGGGCCCUUCCCGCUGCUCCCCAGGAGCCUCUCCCAGGGCAGAGCCCCCAGCCCGGCCAGGCCCCUUCCCGGCCCGGCCCCUGCCCCAGGGGGCCCCGCUCGGAGGGAAGGCUGAGGAAUCACGUCCGCGUUUCGCUCCAGAUCAUCCCAUCUUCCAGGGGACAGGGAAGGGAAAUGGCUGUGAUGGAGCCAGCCCAGAUGCCGGUGACCUUCGAGGAGGUGGCUGUGUAUUUCACUGAGGUGCAGGGGGCUCUGCUGAAACCCAGACAGAGAGGCCUCUACAGGGAUGUCAUGCAGGAGAACUAUGAGACGGUGACCUUGUUGGCAGGUGAUAGGACAGUGAGUGAAAACAUGGAGGAGACUCAGCAACCGGAAGGUCCUGAGAAAGUGGAACUGCAUGAGAGGUUUUUGAGAAGAACUGAAGGGAAUUUUUCCCAGUGCUUGGAACAGGGAAAAGCCUGGGGAGAUCGACACAGAUCAGAGAUGCAACUGGGAAACUAUCCCGGGAAGAAACUGGAUGAAUCCACUGAAUGUGAGGGAGGAUGGAAGGAUCCCAAGGAAACCACAGUCCAGCAGACAAGACACAAUGAAGAGAAACCCUACAAAUGCCUUGAGUGUGGGAAAAGAUUCCGUUUCAGUGCAAACCUUAUUAAACAUUGGAGAACCCACACAGGAGAGAAGUCCUAUGAAUGCUUGGACUGUGGGAAAAGCUUCAGUGAGAAGUCACACUUCAUUACACACCGGAGACUACACACAGGAGAGAAACCCUAUAAAUGCCUGGAGUGCGGGAAAAGCUUUAAUGAGACGUCACACCUUAUGUCACAUCACAGAACCCACACAGGAGAGAAGCCCUAUAAAUGCUUAGACUGUGGGAAAAGCUUCAGUAGGAAGCCUUAUCUUAUUAAACACCAGAGACUGCACACGGGAGAGAGACCCUAUAAAUGCCCCGAGUGUGGGAAAGGUUUUAUCGAAAGUUCAUCCCUUACUAAACAUGAAAGAAUCCACACCGGAGAAAGACCCUAUACAUGCCUUGAAUGUGGGAAAAGUUUCAUUCAAAAGUCACAACUUAUUAUACACCAGAGACUGCACACAGGAGAGAGACCUUAUAAGUGCCUUGAGUGUGGGAAUGAUUUCAGUAGUCGCUCCCACCUUAUUAAGCAUCAAAAAAUCCACACAGGUGACAAACCCUAUAAAUGCCUCGAUUGUGGGAAAAGUUUUGUUGACAGAACAAAACUUACCACUCAUCAGAGAAUCCACACAGGAGAGAGACCCCAUAAAUGUUUAGACUGUGGGAAAAGCUUUAUUGAGAAGUCACAACUUAUUCUACACCAGAGACUGCACACAGGAGAGAGACCUUUUCAAUGCUGUGAAUGUGGGAAAAGUUUUAUUCGGAGCUCAGUGCUUAUUACACAUCAGAGAACCCACACAGGAGAGAGACCUUAUAAAUGCCUUGAGUGUGGGAAAGAUUUUAGCGAGAGCUCAAAGCUUAUUACACAUCAGAGAUCCCACACAGGAGAAAGACCCUACAAAUGCUUGGACUGUGGGAAAACUUUCAGUCAGCGCUCAUACCUUACUAAACAUGGGAGAAUCCACAUGGGAGAGACACCUUAUAAAUGCCUUGACUGUGGGGAAAGGUUCAGUAAGAGCUCAGAGCUUACCAAACAUCAGAGAAUCCACAAGGGUGAGACACCCUAGGAAUAGCCUGACUGCAGACACACAUCAGGGACCUACACAACAGAGAAACCUUGAAUGUGGGGGAAGCUUCAUUUGGUGCUCCCAGAGUAUCAGGCAUCCGCAAAUCCGCACAGGGAAGAAACCUCUGAGGUGUUUUCAAGGGGGAAAAUGCUCCAAGUGGAGCUAACACCAUGUUGGACAUCAGAGACUCCUCCCUACAGCAGGGAAAUUCUCUGAGUUACCUGACUAGGGCUGGCCAUGGUGACAAACCCAUUUCCUUCUUCCCACACACAUCAGGGGCCUUUGGCUCCCAAGGAUGCAGCUGCCCAUCGCUGGGGUGAGGAUCCAGCAGCAGCCGAGCAUCAGUUGGUCAGUGACUCUCUGGCUCCGCCUGGUCUCAGCAAACCCCAGGCAGAGGAGGAGAAGCCCCCAUCAGCCCCUCCCCCCUGCUGCAGUCCUGGCUGCUGAGCUGAUGGGCCACAGGUGGGGGAAGGGAGACAGAGAAACUCCUCCAGCCGCUCCCUCUGCCUGACUGAAGUCCCCCCCUCCCUUCCCCUCCCAACCAGGAUCCCCCUGCCAUGGAGAUGAGGAGAAGGACACUUGGGCCAGGCCCCACCUUCACUCUGCACACCUGUCCCCAUCCCCCAUCUUCCACCAGUCCCUGGGCUGGGCUCCCCCACUGACCUGGAGCUGUUCCCUGCAGGGGGAGUGUCCCUGGGGGCUGGUAACUCCUCCCCUCCCCGAAUCCCCCAGGGUGCUUGUCUCUGGGGGAUCAAACAUUAAAGGACCAGGGCGAUGGGUUGUGGGGAGGAUACUGGGGAUUGAAUAGUUGGGGCUGGUGGAGCAGGGAAGCUGGGUGCUGGGGUAUCGAGUGUUUGGGGAUCAUGGUAUAAGAGGCAAGGGAGAGCACAGAGGUAGAGAAGUGCUGCCUCAUCACUCUGCCCCUUCUCCCUGCCCCCUCUGCAUUGAGACAGCAUCUCUGAGAGGGACUGAUUCCCACAGGGCCCUUUGUGGGAGGUCUGGAGAUCCCACUUCUGUUUCCGCAGCAUCAGCCUCUGUGUGUCUAUGGUAGGAAAUGUGGUCAGGAUUAGCCAGCACAACUCUGUGACCCUGCACCAGAUUUCCUAGUGUAAACUCUCCUUGAGCAUCUUAUGUGUAAGGCUAAGAUUUUGUCAUGGAUAUUUUUGGUAAAGGUCAUGAACAGGUCACGGGCAAUAAAGAAAAAUUCACAGAAGCCUGUGACCUGUCCAUGACUUUUACUACUCAUAUCCGUGACAAAAUGGGGAGGGAGAAGGCUCCAGCACCUAUCGUUGCUGGGGAUCUGGGGUCCCAUGUUGGGUGGGGAGGUGCGGGGGCUCUGGCUGGGUCUCAGAGGGCCUUCCCCCUGCCGUCUGCAGCUCGGUGCUCCGGAGGUGCUCCGCAACCCAUGGCAGUUGGGAGCUAUGGGGGGCCCAAGCUGCCUGCAGUUACUCAGAGCUCUGGGAGCCACCCAUUGCGGCCAGGAGCUGUGGGGUAACCCCACGGCUUGCAGCAGGUCAGAGCUCUGGGGGGCAGCUUUCGGCUGCCAUGAAUGGCAGGGGGACCCCACAGCUCCGAGCCACCAUGGGCUGAAGUCAUGGAGGUCUCUGGAAGUCACAGAUUGCCUGAGUUCCGCGACCUCUGUAAUAAAAUCAUACCCUUACUUAUCUGUUCUGAUCCCCUCCCAUUCGCAGAAUGAUUGUUAAUCCCUGAGUUCCCCCGUUGGGGCCGGAUUGUCUCAUUCCCAGAUAGUCUCACAUUACACCAGGCCAUGCUGAAAAGCAUGUAGUGUUUGUACAUUUUCUCCCUUUAUGCACAAGAAUUAACUAGAUGCUAAAAAAAUGGGGAGCAGGGGCAGUAAAAUGUGCUGUUUUAGCUUCUGUGCUAUUUCAGGACAAUGGGGUGAGUCUCAGGUAUUCCCUCCUUCCCCCAUCACCGUCACGAUCCACUCUCGACACAGCAGCCUCUGUCCAAGCAAUGGAGAGUUUUAUCCUGUCCCCGUUCUACCCCUUCACCUAAGGUGUCACUUUACCACCGAGUCCCUGGCUCUCCAUGCUUAGGAAGCACAGUUUUGAUCUCUAUGAUCAGAGGACUGGAGAAGAAAGUGUCAUAGACCUAGGAGUGGGUGGGGAAAUCCCAUUGAACCUAAAACACAGUUUGACCUUUCAGAUCUUAUAGCCCUGUUUCCAUCGAUUGGUAAAAUUGCUUCCCGGCUUUUUCUAGGCUAGUCCAGAUCAUUUGUAGAUGGGAAGAUUUGUCUUUUUCUUUCUUUUAUUAUGAUGAUGCUAAAACUUUUGCAACUAAUACAACCAAAUAAUGAGGCGAGAAGUGAAGCCAGUUUAGCCACUUCAGAAGAAAAUGGGUAAAUUUAUUUUCCUGAUUUUGAGUCUUGAGAUUGAUGAUUCUCUGGGAUUUCACUUUAUGAACAUGAAAGUGUUUUAUAGCCCACCCUGGAUUGUGGGUUUUUCUCUCUUCGUUAAGGCCGUUUGGUCACAUAUUUUGAUAUUGGUUGAGUUUGACAGGAUGGAGGUCAGAUUCAUUGAGGCCUUCACAAGACAAAUGAUCAUUUGCCAGAAUAGUCCUUUUUUAGAUUUUAUUUUGAUCUUUAUCUAACCCUUUGUCAUGAGAUUUUUUUGUAUCGUUUGAACAAUGACGGUGAUCAAUAUCUCUCAGGACAAACACUGAUAGUGCGAGAUACAUUCACAGUGUGCGAGCCCGAGACUGAAAGAGGGAAUGAAGUUAGUGCCUGAUCCCUGAAGUGAUGUGAGAUACCGUUUGGAGGGGGAGAAGGUCAGGGCCAGCUCCAUGGUUUUUGCCGUCCCAAGCGGCGGAAAAAAGCAAAAAAAAAAAAAGCCGCGAUCACGAUCGGCGGCAGCUCCACCACCUUCUUCGGUGGCAAUUUGGAGGCAGGUCCUUCCCUCCGAGAGGGACAGGGACCCUCCGCUGAAUUGCCGCCGAAGAGCUUGACAUGCCGCCCCUUCCCCUUGGCUGCCCCAAGCACCUGCUUGCUCAGCUGGUGCCUUGAGCCAGCCCUGGAGAAGAUGAGGGGAACAGAGCUGGGAAAUUGCUGGGUUUGUUCCUCAGAGUUAGAUGGCAGAGGCUGAGAACUUGCUGCACCAGUGCCAGAGAGAAACUUGAAUUGGAUUGUGAGUGUCGUAUGAAGCUGCCCCUGAAAUUUAAAGGACCAUGAACAAUACCCCAAACAAUGAUAGGGGGAGGGGCAGCAUCUCCCUAUUGCUGAGAUGCCGAGGUUGGGCGCAGGCAAGAAGGGAGCCAGGAAUAUCAAAAGACCUGGGCAGCCUUGAAACCACGCCGACACCCAGCAUUGAGGCCAGAGGGAGAUGGGGAACCUGACAGUCCAGCUGCUCACUGUGACACUGCAUCCCAUAUUCGUCACAGAGAUACUAUUAUGAUAUGAUUAGAGCAUAGCUAUGAUGUAUUUUAUACAAGAUAGGUCAUGUGAAAGAUCAUUGAAAGGUUAUGAUUUACUGAUUAUGAUUAUCCUAUUUGUAUGCAUCUAUCAUUUUUGUAUCUGAAGUUAGGAAUAUUGGCUACGCAUCUGUAUUAGAAAUGUGUUUACACUUGGGGAAUGCCCACUAGGCAAAAGAUUGUCAAUAGGGCUGUCAAGCGAUUAAAAAAAUUAAUCAUGGGAUUAAACAAAUUAAUUGCAAUGAAUCGCAAGAUUAACAAAAUCACGCGAUUAAUCGAACUGUUCAAUAAUUAUAGAAUACCAUUUAUUUAAAUAUUUUUGGAUGUUUUCUACAUUUUCAAAUAUAUUGAUUUCAGUUACAUCACAGAAUACAAAGUGUACAAUGCUCACUUCAUAUUUAUUUUUAUUACAAGUAUUUGCACUGUUAAAAAACAAAAGAAAUAGUA